AUGACCUGCGAGAACUGCUUCAAAGGCUUCGUGCUCCCCGGCGAGCCCUCCGGAUCGAUGAUCGACGGCGCAUACUUCCAUCCUGCGUCCUCCCCGACUUCCGAAGGCCCCAAACGCGCGAUCGUCCUCCUCAGCGACAUCUUCGGCCACACGCUCGUGAACAGCAAGAUCCAGGCGGACACGCUGUCCGCAAGACUCGACAUGGACGUGUGGGUGCCCGACUUGUUUGAUGGCAAGCCGCCGCUGAAGGCGGAAGAGCUGGAACCGCUUUUGCCUGAACGCGCGGGGCAGAGCAUAGGGUUCUUGAAUACUCUUCGCGUCGUUUUCAUGGUCCUACUCCCCCACGCCUGGGCCAUGUACAAGGCGCGAGCGACCGUCGGCGAGCAGCGCGCGCGCGAGUUCAUCGCGAAGCUGCGCCAAGAAAGAGGCUACGACAAGAUCGGCGCCGUGGGCUACUGCUACGGCGGGGGCGUAGGCGCCCUGAUUGGCAGCUCUCCCGAGGUCGUAGACUCUAUCGUCCUAGCGCACCCGAGUGGCGUUACGGCGGAGGCGGUCAAGGGUAUCAAGGUACCCUCGAGCUGGGUGUGCGCCGAGGAAGACCUGGCGUUCAGCGCUUCGGCGCGGGCCGAGGCCGAGGCGGUGCUCAAGGCGCGCGAGGGCAGGGAGGGCUCUGUGCCGUAUGAGUUCAGGGAUUGGAAGGGAUGCGCGCAUGGGUUCGCUGUGCGCCCUAAUCAGUCUAUUCCGGAGGUCAAGGCCGGGUAUGAGGGCGCCAUCGAGCAGACGGUGGAUUGGUUCAGGAAGACCCUGGCCUGA